CCAGAGACCCCCAGAGGAAGGAAGGGACCCCCAGGAGACAAAGGCCCCCGCGGUCCGAGGGGUCCUCCAGGCCCUCCAGGCCAAGAUGGUGAAGAUGGUCUCCCAGGCCCUCCCGGACCCGCUGGCCCCCCUGGUCUCGGCGGGAAUUUUGCCGCCCAGUAUGAUGCUAGCAAAGGAUUGGACAUGGGCCCAGGACCAAUGGGUUUGAUGGGACCCAGAGGCCCCCCUGGUGCAAGUGGACCUCCCGGUGCUCAAGGCUUCCAAGGACCUGCUGGUGAGCCCGGAGAGCCUGGCCAGACUGGACCCGCAGGCUCCCGAGGACCCCCCGGACCCCCUGGAAAGUCUGGUGAAGAUGGUCACCCUGGAAAGCCUGGAAGACCCGGCGAGAGAGGCAUCGUUGGACCGCAGGGUGCUCGUGGCUUCCCUGGCACUCCCGGCCUGCCUGGAUUCAAGGGAAUUCGCGGACACAAUGGCCUGGAUGGCCUGAAAGGACAAGCUGGUGCUCCCGGCGUGAAGGGUGAACCUGGGGCGCCCGGUGAGAAUGGAACCCCCGGCCAAGCC